GCACACAUAAAAAUCCAUUGAUUCUUUGGAUUCUUUACUGUUUAUUUGAGGGGUUAUUUUUUCUGUCACUUGUCAAAGUGAAUCAUCGAGUGUAUAACUAUAUUUUGUGAUAGUGCAAAAAAACUGCCAGGAUUACGAACUAUUUUGCUAUACUUAAAAAAGUUCAUUUAAUUACUUCAAUUCUUAUAGACAAUAUACAAUGUUCCUAAAAUUGUGGCAAUAAAAUCUAUUCAUCAGAACAAACAAUAACAUUAACGUCCUGAUUGAAUCGUUUUGAGGUUAAAUUUCUCGCGUUGAACUAAAUACGAUAGCUAAAAUGGAUUUAGCAAAAAUGUCAAACCAGAAGAAGCUUGAAUUAUGCAAAUGGUAUUUCAAAGUGGGUUUCGCAAUGUUGCCGUUCCUCUGGACAGUGAAUGCUAUCUGGUUCCUGAAGGAAGCUUUUGUGGUUCCACAAUACGAAGAACAAAAACAAAUACGAAAAUAUGUAAUAUUUUCUGGGAUAGGAGCAAUGUUGUGGACAGCAGUAUUUCUGGCAUGGGUUAUAACAUUCCAAACUCAGCGAGCAGCUUGGGGAGAAUUUGCAGAUUCCAUAAGUUACAUAUUCCCCGAAGGGAGUCCGUGAGCUUUAUUGUUUCUACCGUCUGUAAUUUAUUUGGUUUAUCAUUAAAAUAAAACAUUUUUUAUAAAAAUAA